CUUGCGUCCCUCCUCCAGCUGUUUUACGCAUCUGGCCAGCCGCGCCUUCUCCUCCGAGCUGAGUAGCAGCAGAAGCAGCAGCAGCAGCCCCGCAGCCGAGGUCUCUCCCUCUCCUCUUUCUCAAUCUCUCUCUCAACUCGAGCCGCGACCAUGUCCGGGGAAGAGGCCGCCGGGGGCGAUGCAGGCGCCCCUCCCGCCGCCGCCAACAACGCUGCCUCUCCCCCGACAGAGCCACCCCAGGAGAAAGGGGCAGAGGCGGCAACAGCGGCGGAAGAGAGCAAGCCCGCCGCUUCGGAGAAGGAGCCCGGGCGGCCCUACCGAGCGCUGGUGCUGACGGGCUUCGGCGGCUACGAUAAAGUCAAGCUGCAGAGCCGCCAGCUGCCUCAAGCCGAGCCCAGCCCCGCCGCGGGCCAAGUCAGCGUCCAGGUCCGGGCCUGCGGGCUCAACUUCGCCGACCUCCUGGCGCGGCAGGGGAUCUACGACCGGCUCCCUUCGCUCCCCUUCAGCCCCGGCAUGGAGGCCGCCGGCACCGUCCUGGCCGUGGGCGAAGGCGUCGAGAGCCCCAAGGUGGGCGAUAAAGUUAUGGUGAUGGCCAGGACCGGCCUCUGGCAAGAAAUAGUGACAGUUUCGGCCAAUCAGACGUUUCUAAUGCCAGAAGGGAUGAGCUUUGAAGAGGCUGCCGCCUUUCUGAUAAAUUACAUCACAGCCUAUAUGGUGCUCUUUGACUUUGGCAACCUGAAACCCAACCAGAGCGUCCUCAUCCACAUGGCAGCAGGUGGAGUGGGAACGGCUGCAAUCCAGCUCUGCAAAACAGUGGAAAACGUCACAAUUUUUGGCACAGCCUCUGCCUCCAAGCACGAGUUCCUCAAGGAGAGUGGAGUCACCCACCCCAUUGACUACCGGGCAGCUGAUUAUGUGGCAGAAGUCAAGAAAAUCUCCCCCAAAGGUGUAGAUGUGGUUUUGGACCCCUUGGGUGGCUCAGAUACCACAAAAGGUUUUAACCUCCUGAAACCAAUGGGCAAACUAAUCACCUAUGGUGUAGCCAACUUGGUAACAGGGCAGAGGAAGAACUUAGUGGCUAUGGCAAAGACCUGGUGGAACCAGUUCAGCAUCAAUGCGCUGCAGCUGCUUCAUUUCAACAAGGCUGUUUGUGGCUACCACUUGAGCCACAUGGAUGAGGAGUGGGAGCUCUUAAAUGGGGUGGUGGCCAAACUCAUUGACCUCUACAAUCAAGGCAAAAUCAAGCCAAAGGUGGACUCUGUUUGGCCCUUUGAGCAGGUGGUGGAUGCCAUGAAGCAGAUGCAAGAGAAGAAGAACGUUGGGAAAGUGGUUCUGGUCCCUGAAGCACCACCGAAGGAUGAAAGCAAGAAAGCAGAGAACUAAAGCAAAGGGGAAUGGGUGGAUUGUCUGACCUCAGGUCCUUAUGUUGGUUUUUGUUGGGUUGGGUUGUUGUCCCCCUCCCCCUUUUGGCUCUCCCCAAUUCCACCCUUUUCCCCGUUUCCAUCCUCCCCAAUUCCACCCUACGUCCUUUUGAGGAAAGGAGGAAUUGACAGAUCUCUCUCUGCUGUUAAUGGAACCAGUGGCAUAAAGAUGGAAGAGACCAAUGCCUUGUAUUGCGGCCAGUUAGUUAAAGAUGAUGCAAAUCUCUUGAGCUUCAUGAACUCUUCUGGAGGUGGAGCUCAGACAAUUGCAUCAUUUUUUAAAACUAAUUGGCUGGCCCAGUUUUUAUUUUGGAAGCAUCCCAUUGAUCUUGCACAUCUAUUUUUGUGGGGUCAACCCUUUGGUUUCUUAAAGGAACCUGCAACCGUCAUAUGGAGGGUAGGGUACCCAAGGCAGGUGCCUCUAUUGCAAUCUCAUCUGGGUUUUUUCUCCUACAUCUUCUCUUUUCUCUCGUACCCACCUACAAGUCCAUAUAUCCUCACCUGAGCCAUUUUACCUCUAGGACCUCUUCCCUCAUCUCCCUCCCACCCCAGCCUGCCUCUGAACACACGGUGACUAAUAACUUUCAAGCAUGUAAAACUCCCAUUGUUACAGCAACUAUUGAGUGUUUCCGUGGAAACGAAGCUUCAAAUCUGCCACUUCCGAUGGGCACAUUUAAUAAGCGGAAAAUGCCAGACCUUUUUUCUCUAUAUAUAUAUAUUUUGGCAGUUUGGCUGUUGCACAAAAAAAAUGGGAUAUGGGGGAGGGAGGAAAGACAAAUUGUGCCUCUGCCACAGAGCCUAGAUUCUGCCUCUGCCUUCUCUUCCAAUAUGCAAGUGUCACACUGCAGGAGCUUGAACAAGGCCCCUUUCUUUAUGGGACUUCAGUUCCCAUAAUCCACUGACCAAACAUGGCAGGCCUGUGGAUAUAGAGUUAUAGUCUGAAAAAGGGAACUUGCCCAAUCACUUCAUGAUAUUAUGUAGGCAAACCUCUCACAGCAAAAUCCUGCCUUUGGAUUGGAUUUGUGAAAAGAUCCAUAGCUAAAAUGUCCUUGUUUUUCUUUCAUGGGGAAGCCUCGCCUUUUCCCCAGAUGAAAUGGGCCAUGUAGGCAAAAUACUUAACGGUGUCAAGCAGCUGACUAGCCUGUAAUCUCAGAUCUGCACUAUCGCUUGCAAGAAAUCAGUUAUUCUGUCAUGGUGAUGGCAUGUGACUUAGCAAGAGGCUGGUCUGAUGUUUUAAUGUACGUUUUGCCACAUUUAAGAAAUAAACCAUGUUCUAAUCACAGCUGGCUGGAAGAAAAGAGACUAGCCAUCUCCUAUUACAUUCAGAUAGUCAUUUUGCCUUGAGCCAAAAACAAAUUUUGGUAUUGUGUAUGCUCCAGUCUGGUCCAAGAUGGCAUCCGAAUGAAAGUAGUUCAUGACUCAAUAUUGCAUCAUUUGGGGCAAGUGUGGUGAUGACACGAGUAAUUCUCUGCAAGGAGCAGAGAGGCCAGGAGACAGAAACUCUUUCUCACAUCUUGGACUGGAAAAUGAGCUGCUCCCUCUAAUAAUGGAUGAUGACUGGCCCUACUGCAGCCAUCCGGUUCUGUGUAGGCCACUCAGCUGAAACUCUGCUUUACCUGAUUCAUCCAUCAUUUCUGUAGGUCCUAGUCUCUUCAUUGGAAAUUCAUUUCUUCUGGCCCUCUUCCUUCUUGGUAACUCUUGUCAAUCUUCCUUGACCCACCACAGAGGAUCACUCUGUGUUCAGAUACAGAUGUCCUACAGUUGUGCCCAAUUUUCCCCGUAGCAUUUUGCUGGAUCUCUAUUGGGUCAAGGCACGGCCCUUCUCUGCAUUCUGGUCAGCAGUAGGCACAAGCAAAGGGGCAUGGAACCCACUCAUUCCCACAGCCAUCUUCUGUGAUCUUCAUAGCUGGUCAUGGAAGGAAGUCUGAGGGCCAGCAUUCUGCCUUUUCCUUGCAAAGGGAAGGAAGGCUACAGGGAACCUGACCCCUAAACCUUUGCAUUUCCUGCAAACCUCUUCUCCUAUGAAGAACAUAUGGCCAAAGUAUUCCCUUUGUUGGUAAAGAAUUGUGAGGGAGGAGGGCAUAUUUCGGCCUUGGAUUGGCACAUGGUUGUCUUAUAAUUUUUCUGGGGAUCCUCAGCUUGUAAUUCCUUUGCUGUAAUGUGUGUGUCUGUGAUGCUCACUUUGAGAAUAUGAGAAUAUUCACACAAGUCCUGUCCCUUAGCAUCUUUUGGUAGUAGAGAACAUGAGGCGGGCUUUUUAUGGUCUCAUUGGCUUUUGAGUAAUGGGGUGUUGAAGGCUUCAUACUUUUGAAGUGUGAAUGUACAUCUGCAAAAUACUUUCCUUUUCUUUCCAAGCAUCCAUCUGCUGCAAUAGUAGUUAGUAUAUGUGUUUUAAGACAAAAUGCUCUAGCCACUGCUGUGUUUACUAAAAGGUGCCUUUCCCAAGACCGACCUUGUUUUGUUUUGCUUAAAUGUGGUGAAAACAAAACAUAUAGCUUGCAGGCAACUCCCACCUUCGUUUUCCUUCUCUAGAAUGCAUCAGGUGUAUUCCCAGUGAGAUUUUGCUUUACAGCACCCAGAAACACCUAUUAAAACCAGAAUCUGCCAUCUUUUAGCCUCACCGGUUUCCCCUUCUGAGAUAUUUUGGACUGGUUGCAUCCAUAGUCUUCUUGGGAUGGGAUUUCAUCUGAAUUCUAAAUGCGCCCUCAGACCAAACAACCAGGCAUCUUCCAGGUUUCCUACAUUAAUCCUGAACAGCUCUACUACCAUUUUCAGUGAGCAACAUAAGUAAGAAGGCAUCUUACACCAUCAGCAUGAGAGCAAUUUGAUCCGGCAGUUUAACAAUCCAAAGUGUUGUUCUGAGCAAAAAAUGGGAAGAGCCAAUUCUAACAACUCUUCUUGCAGUGCCUCAUUUAUUUUAUCACAGAAUAACGGCAUUCUAUAUAUCCAGAAGCAGUGGAAUUUGGAGAUCUAUCUUGUUUUGUGACUUAAACAAAGUUUCAUAGCACAAGUUAGUUACUUACAUCUUUUAAACUGUCCUCUUGCUGAAAGAUAUUAUGGGUUCCAGACUUCAUGCCAAUGCUAAGCAUUUAGUAAGUAGAAGAGCUGGGCAAGAUUUCAGCUAGAGAAGUACCGUAGGUGCUCAGUGGUCUGACUAAGUUCAAGGCAGGUUCACAUGUGCUCAUAGACCAGCUGCUCACUUAUAGGUCAAUGUAAUGAAAUUCUCAGCACUAUAAUCUACAAUGUGAGAGCCGAUAUACUGAACAACACCCAGGUUAUCCAGGCUAUGACCUUGUGUUUUCAACAUAUCACUUCUUUCCAGAGCUUACAAAAGUUACUUUGUUAUGGAUUGCAAGUUCCACAAUUUUGCUAGCUCAUGUGAUCACUAGAUGCAGUGGAUUCAGGAACUUCAGUUUUAAAAUAGGAGGAAUGUUUGCAAGCUCUGCAUUCCUCUCAGAAACCAGUCUUUAGGGGGCAAUGUGGUGUUGGUCAUAGUAGGUUUUGGUUACUUUUUGUCCCUCUCCUUUUACCAUCUGCUCCAGAUGGGUUAGACUUUGAGACAUACCCUAUGCUGUUUUUGUCAGAUGGCCAGAACUCUUAACUUCUUAGGCUUGUACAAACUUGUCAACCGAAUAUGAAGUCUUACAAAACAAGCAAGCUGGAGUUGCCAACUCUGCUUGUGUGAAGCACAAUAGGGAUGGUGAAAAUCAGAUCAUGCGUGCCCUACGCUGGAACACCAACCUCAUACAAAGGAGGUGAGAUGAGAAGGAAGUGAUGCCAAGGUUCACACACCCUCCUCUCUUUCCUUCCUUCUUGCUGCUGCCUGGUGCCUUAUUCCGGAUGGCAUUUCAGAACUUUUGUAACCUAUCCUUUUAAUACCGCAAGGAACAGCCUUGCCUUUAGAAGAACUCCAAUGCUGCAUCGUUAACUCCCAGUUUUACCAGUGCCUUGUUCCAAACAGUAAGUUCUAUCUAACCCCAGCUUUCGCCAAACAUGGCUUUCUAAAAAGAGUGCACCUGUCCCAAUCAACUGGUGUGAAAUAUAGGAUCAAUACGAUUGUAUUUCUGACCAGCCGCAAAGUGGCCUGUAUAAUGUGGUGCUCUUCUGCAAAAAUACACGCAUUUUCAGACAACGUGCUGGGAAUGGUCAACAUUUCUAAAAUCUCCCACCAGGGCAUUUUCAUAGUUGUGCUAAGGAAACCCUUUCAGUCUCCAAGCACUACUUCUACAUGUGAAUGUGCUAUACAAAGAAACUACAUUUUAAACCUGACUCAGUGCACUGCUUUCAGAUUGUGAGAAUUCAUUCAGAAUUCUGUUUCUAGUGUCCCAUAUGAAAACAGGCCUCUCCUUUCAGUAUAUUCCAGUUGUCUUUAGGAAAAGGUUAGUAUUGGACUCACAAGCUAUUUGAGAUUCCAAUAGGCUAACUGCCGUGAAUAGAAUACUGGAGCCCUUUCACGAUUAAUUAUAACGUUUUGAUUCCACUUCAACUGCCAUGGCAACUUCUUACAGAAUCCCAGGAUUUGUAGUUUGGGGAGGCACUAGAGGUCUCUGGUUGAAAUACGAAAUACUUCUCUCAACAGCAAUUCCCAUGUUUCUAUAGGAUUUAACUAUGACAGUUUUAGUGGAAUCAUGGGGUUAUAACUCUGUAAUCUGGAAGGGCCCCUGGACUAGACAGGCAUUUGGUGUGAUCCAGCAGGCUUUUUAUAUUCUUCAGAGAUGGAGCAAAUGCCCUUUUUACCUAUGUACAAAUGCACUAGAAGGGGCAGAAACAUUCUUAACACAUGACAGCAGCAAGCGAUGCCCGGUUCGCACCCUGCAACAUUUUUGAAACCUUGCGUCCCAAUCCCUCCCCAUGCUGGAGCCUUGCCAGUUUUGAAUCAUUAAAAUUGCUUUGUCUUACUUCUACUCCUUAACCGAAACCCUUUUAUACAGGAGACAUCCAAUUUAAAGCACUGUAACUUCGCUCUUUGUUGCCUUGCUGAUUAAUACCGUAAUCUUGGAAGUUUAUAGUAGCCCCUUUCUUUUGUGAUUUGACUGUGUGUGUGUGUGUGUCUGUGUGUGUUUGAGGCAACUGUUUUAUGGACCGUGAGUAUUACAUGAAGACCCUUGAUCCUCUUUUUUAUAAAUGCUCUUAUCUUGUUAAAACUGCAUGUGCUUGACUACAAGGACCAAAGUAGGGGGAGAAAAGGCCACCUACCGUUUCUUGAAUCUCCUGUUAUAACAAAAAAUAAGAACAGAAUUUGCCACUAGAAGCCUUUCGGUAUGGAUUUUGUUGCACUGUUUCAAGGUCGCUGAAAUGCCAUUUGAGCUCAAAAAUAGUGCCAUAUGGGAUGAUGUGUGUAUAUGUAUAUGCAUGCGUACAUGUGUAUUUGUGUGACUGAUAUGAGAGCCAAAAGGUUUAAACAGUUCAACUAAAAUGUGUACUCCCCCUUUUUCCAAGUUUUAUAGGCUUUGAAAUGGAGCACACACUACUUUUUUAAAAAGCUGCUUCUCCAUGCAUUGAAGCCAUAUACAUACUUCAUAAGAGUUUUGGACAGGGGCCUCCAGUCGACAUUAACCAGUAGUAUCCCUUUUAUACAGACUACUGUAGGCUAUCAUUUCAUGGGAUCAUUCCAGCUCCCACAAGUCUGAGGCCCAUUUGGAAAAUGUGGAAGGCCCAGAGAAACAAUGAUGCCUCAGAAUUAUUUUAAAAUGUCCCAAAGUUAGUAUCUGAAUUGAAUCCGAAUUGCUGGGAGUAAAGCACAUUGAAUGAGAUAAAAUCUAAGAAAAUUCUCCUAGCUGUGGUUUCUUUAGAAAAAAUAAAAUCCAUAGUUAGACAACUACAAACUUGAAUGUUUGCAAGGAGACUACAGUUGGAGGACUAUUCUAACACAGUUAUAGAUAGGUAGAUAGUGGGUUUAGGGCCAGAGUGGGGUGGUUGGGAGAAGGGACACUGGCUGUGAAAUUACCCUGUGAAAUUAUCUUCAAAUAAUAAUCUUCAGUAUUUUGAUUUCAGGAAUGAAAAUUUCAGCAAAUUUAAAAAUUGUCUAAAUGAACUCUCUUAUUUCACUUUUAUUCAUAGCUGACAGUUAUGAGUCUUUAAUCUAAAAUGGAUUUGUGAAAAAGAACUUCUUAAUGGACCUUUCUCAGGUUCAGAAUCCACUCUGGGUUUCAUACAACUACUGUCACAGAUCCACUAGCCACUACUUACAUUGCCAGUGAAUUAUAAAAAAAACAUCGGGAUCAUUGGCUGACAAAAAGGAAUAUAUAUGAGCCUUUGAGCAAGAGGAUGGAUGGAAAAGCUAGAGCUAAGGUGGCCAAGAGAAUAUAGGAGGCAGGGAAGACCUUACCUUUGUCAAGGCAAGGAUUUUUAUUUGCAUGUUUGUUUUGUGUGUUGUAGACUGGAAUGACAAGAGAUUGGUAUCCAGGCAUCAGGUCUGUGGGGUGCACUCCACUCCUGCUGCCAAGUGAGUAUCCUUAAAGGCCAGAGGGCUAUGGAUGGGGGAAUGGCAAGCAGCUGGCACGUGCUGCUCGGUCCCCUUGCAGCAGGUUGUGGCAUCUGUCACCCCCCAUCAUCUCCUCUCUGGGUGGUUCAUGAGCAGCUUGUGUGUCCUUAUGGUUCAAGAUGCUUCCUUGAGUCUCUUUGUGGUGUUUGAAAUGAAGCUCACUCUUCUGCUUGUGCAUGCGUGUGUGUGCGUGGGCGUGUGUCAACAAAGCAACUGUGCCAAUGCUGUUUACACAGAUUCAGACAUGAAAUGCUAGUCUGCCUAAUGUUACCAUAUGCCUUAUGUGUGUUUUUUUGGGCGUUCAUUAAAAGCAUAACAAAAACGA